GAAUUGCUGCACGCGCAUGAUCAGUAAUGCCGGCCGGUUCCUUAGGUAUUGAAGGUUAGACCUGUUGCUCCGUCAUCCCGUCAUCCGUUGUGUAGUUGAAUCUCUUAUCUCUCUUUCGUAGGAAUUGUGUCUGUUUUGUCGGUGUUUGUCGCGUUGUAAUCUUGUGUGUUUGUGUAAUUAAAUUCAACGUUUAGUUAUUUGUUUUAGUGUCAGUUCGAUAUAUAAAAAUACGCGAAUCAUCAUGACCAAAUACCAUAAACCGGAAGCGAAAGUAUUACAAGAAUUGAAAGAUAUCGCUCACAAGCUAAGGAUCGAUUCGAUCAGGGCUACGAAUGCGUCUAAUUCCGGCCAUCCUACAUCAUGCUCUUCCAUGGCUGAGCUGAUGUCCGUACUAUUCUUCCACGUAAUGAGGUACGAUUUAAAAAAUCCCCGUGAUCCAUCGCACGAUAGAUUAAUCCUUUCGAAAGGACACGCCGCUCCGAUUUUAUACGCUGCCUGGGCCGAGGCAGGUUUAUUCCCAGUCAACGAUAUAUUGAACUUGCGUAAAAUAGAUAGCGAUUUGGAAGGUCACCCGACGCCGAGAUUGAACUUUGUCGAUGUCGGUACUGGAUCUUUGGGACAAGGUUUAUCUGUUGCCUGCGGUAUGGCUUAUGUCGGAAAAUACUACGAUAAAGCUACGUACAGAACGUACUGUAUUUUGGGUGAUGGUGAAAGUGCCGAAGGUUCUGUUUGGGAAGCUCUUAAUUUCGCUUCGUAUUACAAUCUAGAUAACCUCGUGGCGAUAUUCGAUAUAAACAGGUUGGGCCAAUCCGAACCUACAGCUUUAAAACAUGACAUGAAUGUGUAUAGAAAACGAGUCGAAAGCUUCGGAUUCCAUGUUAUUGUCGUCGACGGUCACGACGUCGAAGAAUUAUGUAAAGCGUUCCACGAAGCUUCUAACACCACCGGCAAACCUACCGCUAUCAUCGCUAAAACCUUCAAAGGUAAAUAUUUCCCCAACAUCGAAGAUCUCGUAGAAUGGCACGGUAAACCUUUAGGAGACAAAGCCGACGAAGUGAUCAAAUACGUCAGUUCGUUGAUUAAAAAUGACAUCAACACGAUUCCUUCGAUCGACAGACCCUCUCUCGAAGCACCUUUAGCUCCAGUAUUGCCAAAGACACCGGUUCAAUUGAAUACGCCGCCAGCGUACAAGAAAACCGACGUCGUAGCUACCAGAUUGGCUUACGGUACAGCCUUGGCUAAAUUAGCUGCCAACAACAGUCGCGUCAUCGGAUUGGACGGUGACACGAAAAAUUCCACUUUUUCGGAUAAAAUCAAAAAAGAUUUCCCAGACCGUUACAUCGAGUGUUUUAUCGCCGAACAAAAUCUAGUCGGUGUGGCUAUCGGAGCCGGUUGCCGGGACCGAACCAUACCAUUCGUAUCAACUUUUGCUGCUUUCUUUAGCAGAGCUUUCGAUCAAAUACGUAUGGGCGCCAUAUCGCAAACCAACGUCAACUUCGUCGGUUCGCAUUGCGGUGUGAGUAUCGGUGAAGAUGGUCCUAGUCAAAUGGCCCUGGAGGAUUUAGCCAUGUUUAGAGCAGUUCCUGGAUCUACCGUUUUCUACCCUUCGGACGCCGUCAGUACCGAAAGAGCGGCCGAACUAGCUGCCAAUACUAAAGGUAUCUGUUUCAUUAGAACGUCUCGUCCUAACACUCCAAUUUUGUACAAUAACGACGAACCAUUCGCCGCCGGUAAACAUAAAAUAAUCAAGAGCUCGAGUAACGACGUAGCUCUCGUGAUCGGCGCUGGUGUCACGUUACACGAGGCUGUCGACGCUGCCAACGAAUUACAACAAAAACACAACGUCAAUAUCCGUGUCCUCGAUUUAUUCACCGUAAAACCUAUCGAUGCGCAGUUCAUUAUCCAAAACGCCCUCCAAUGUAAAGCCAAAAUUAUCACCGUCGAAGAUCACUAUCCCGAAGGUGGUAUCGGCGAAGCUGUCGCUUCCGCUGUCUCCGAGCAAAGCAAUAUUACGGUGAAAAGUUUGGCCGUCAGAGCCAUUCCCAGAUCUGGCCCUCCUAAAGUACUUUUAGAUCUUUUUGGUAUUAGCUCGAAAAGCAUCGUGAAAACUGUGUUGAGCAUUCUCUAAGAACAAUCCUGUAACUUAUCAUUCCUGAUUUUACUUUCAAAAUAUGGGUUGUUAGAAAUGUAUAAUAUUUCAUUACCCCUACCAUUUUUUUAAAAGCCACUGUAUUUGUUGUAUUUUUCGAAAAUUGAAUUCUGAUUGCUUGAUGUAAGGAGAAAUGUAUUUGAAUCUAAUUUGUAUGUUGAAUAUCGAAUUGAAGUACAUUUUUUUCGUGUCCGA